GUCCCUUCUUUUAAAAAACAUUUUAUUCUUCAUUAAUUUAAUGAUCUAAUUUUUCGUUUGUUAUAAUAUUAAUUAAAAAAUAAAAAAUACCCCAUCCAAACCACCACCAUAGCAAUUACAUUGAUUUAUCAAACCCCACAAUCGAAGCAGCUCCACCAACACCGGUCUGCCACCGAGCAGCCGGCAGCCUUGGAUGUCGGACCACCGUCAGAAUGCUGUUUUUCCGCUUUCUAAGAAUCUACUUCACGACCUCUUCUCCGCUGAAACGCCUCCAUAUCUAGUUUCACCAGAGUUUGUUCCCGAUCUCAAAAAACAAAUCACGAAUCCGGAGAAAUCUCCAUCAGAAUCAAUACUAUCACAUAGGAGGUAAGAUUAGGUAAAUCUGACCGCCUGAUUUCUAUUCCGGGAGCUGAAAAACAAGUGUCGAACCGUUCAAUCGACGAGCGUGUCUAUCGAUUUCAUAGAUGAGUGGUGACGACGAGAUCAAAAAGACGAUAUUGACGGUAGGUACGUCGGAGGUGAGGAGGAGGUCAGGCAACUGCAUGCCGUUUGAACCACCUGACCACGCUGCUUCACUCUUUUCAGAUCUGUUGUUCUUCAUCUCCCUCCGACUCCCAUCGUUGGAAACCAGACCGCCACCGCUUGACUCUCUUCAGAUCUGUUUUUCUGUCAUCUCCCUCCGCCUCCCACCGUCGGAAACCACUAUUGGAAACCACCUCCUCCGCCUAUUUACUUACCGCCAACUUACCAACGCUGAAUUUACCACGCCAACCUUCUCACAUGACCUUCAUCCGCGCCCCUCCUCUGGUCAUCCUUCUCGCACCAACUUUCGCAUUCGUCCCUACACCAUUCGAACUUGGAAAUGCCAAUGGAGAUUAUUCUUUCAUCUUCUCGAUUUCACACAACUAUGA